AUGCGUCUGAUCGAUCACCCAUAUCUUCGUCCAGCCUUUGAGCCUUGUCCAGCGUCUCAUCAAACUCAACUUCUCUGUCCAGAUCAUCCACAUCAAACUCAACUUCCUGGCCCUGAAACUCAACCAAUGCGUCUGAUCGAUCAUCACCCACAGUUCUGUCCAACAUCUCAUCAAACUCAACUUCUCUAUCAUAACUUCGAGGCUUGUGUUUCGCCUAGGCUCGAGGCUCCAACCCACCAUCUCAUCGCCUCAGUGCGCCCACUGAGUGAUGAUAGAGUAGUUGAGUUUGAUGAGAUGCUGGACAGAACUGUGGGUGAUGAUCGAUCAGACACAUUGGUUGAGUUUCAGGGCCAGGAAGUUGAGUUUGAUGUGGAUGACCUGGACAUAGAAGUUGAGUUUGAUGAGACGCUGGACAAGGCUCAAACGCUGGAUGAAGAUAUGGGUAAUUGGUCAGACGCAUUGGUUGAAGAACCUCAACAAUCGAAUUUUCAGAAUGGUGAACCUUCUGUAGGAGAACCUUAUGUGGGAGAAAUUAACACUUCCAGCGCUGCACCACCCUAUAAAACGCGAUCUGGACGCAUGUGUAAACCAGUAGAUAAAUUCUCUCCUACUGGCCAUAAGACAAAGUCUCGAAAGCUCUGA